AUGUUUAAAUAUCGGACGAUCAAAACGACAUCUCCAAACCGAGUCGUAUAUCUUGCCCUCAAAGGUGGAAUCGCCGAUAAUCGAGAUCCAAAGAGCGUUAUAGUUGGUUUUAAUGCCGGGUAUUCAGAGGCGAGCUCUGCCAAUACGAGCGCAAUCCAGUCCGAGACUCCAGGCGGCUGGUCGAGCUGCGGCAAGUGUCUAGACGACAUGAGGCUCAUGCAAAGAUUAGCGAUCAGCGGACUGCUGUCCGUGAUCCUGAUCCUUCUCAUAACCGGAACAUUUAUAACACGGCGCGAUCUCGCGAGUGUCGUCGAUCGAGGCGUCGCGCCGGAAGAACGUAACGAACAGUUGAAUCCGGCCUGGGUGCAGGAUAACGUGGUCCCUGGGCAGGAUGAGCCUGAAAUCGAGGAUAAAGAUAAAGUUAAAGAUAAAGAUCGACGUUUAGAUAUCAGACAUAAACAAUUUGAGCCUUCGGUGGUCGAAGCGCCAGCCGCGUCCGUUGCUGGCAUUUACGUUAUUAGACCGCCUAAUCCACCUCUGGACGAUGUGACCAAUCAGCGCCGUGAAAAAGUUAAGGAGAUGAUGAAGCAUGGCUGGGACAACUACGUGCGGUACGCAUGGGGGAAAAACGAAUUAAGACCAAUCUCGAAGAGAGGUCACAGUGCCAGUAUCUUUGGGGCCUCAAAUAUGGGCGCGACUAUCGUCGAUGGACUCGAUACCCUUUACAUCAUGGGUCUCCACGAUGAAUUUAAACAAGGACGCGACUGGAUUGCCGAGAAUCUGGACUUCGAUAUCAUAAAAAUCUUACAUCAUUAUAUCCAAGAGGACUGGAAAAUGAUACAAAAUAAAUCAGAAAAUGAUAUUAUGGAGAAAGAGGCUCAUGACUGCCAAAAUUAUAUUAUCAUUAUAUUCAAGGGUUGCGGUUGUUUAAUAGUCGCUUUAAUGAUUACUCAAUUUUUUCCGGUUAUUCUUGACUUUGUUUUGCCAUUGGAUGAACCUCGGUCACGUAAAUCGAUUAUUAUAGUGGAAUAUUUUAUCGCUCAGGAUAAUUAUUUUUAUAUCGUAGCACUCCAUGAAUUUUUUAUUAUUUCAUUAUAUGCGGCAAUGAUAUCAUCCACGGGCACGCAAUUGUUGUUAUUUACGUAUCAUUCUUUCGGGAUGUUCAAAAUCGCCAGUCAUCGAAUGAAACAUUCCAUUGAUGAUCAUGUGUUACAUAUGCCAAAUUGUGAACGUACAAUUUGCGAGAAGAUUAUCCAAGUUGUAAUUGCACAUCGUAGAGCUAUAGAAUUUUCCAACAUUUUGACGUCAUCAUUUAAUGUGCCAUAUUGCCUUAUUGCUAUCCUUGGAGUGCUUUCAUUGAGUGUCAAUUUAUUCAGAUUCGUUCAAGCGAUAACACUAACAAAAGACAUGGAUGAUAUAUUUGUAUCUUUUACUGCUACUAUGGGUCAUAUAAUUUACAUGUUUAUGGCGAAUUAUAUUGGGCAGAAGGCCACCGAUUACAAUAACAAUAUUUUUAAAUUAGUAUAUGGUACAUCAUGGUAUUUAAUGCCUGUCACAUCACAAAAACUGAUUUUAUUUUUAUUGAGCAGAACUGGUAAAGAUUUUUACUACACGAUCGGCUUCAUAUUUGUGGCAAAGAUAGAAAAUUUCGCCUUGCUUGUUAAUACCGCGCUGUCCUACGUCGCUGUGAUGUAUUCUGUUCAAUCAAAAUGAAAAAGAUAUGAAUAGCGCGAUUAAUAUAUCAAUUUUUAUUUUCCCGCGAAUACACAUGAGAACAUAAGGAAGCAUUAUUUCUUUAUAUAUUGUAUUUCU